GGUCUUUCAAGAAGGGAAGUCUAGUUGGCUUCACGAGCAUGAAGAGAAGGGGAGGAGACGGAGGGGCGACGAACAUGGCGUUCGGCAGGAACGAUGCGGGGAGGAAGGCGAGUGGGAGCACGGAGGUGGAAGAUCUGUGCUCCAAGCUCACGUCUCUGCUUCCCCAAGACUAUCAGCUGGACGCCUCACAGGGUCCGCCGGACGUCCCCAGCCAACUGAUGCAGGCCACCGCCUAUAUCCAAGAUCUAUACGAGAGGGUCGAAAUGCUGAGGCAGAUGAGAGAUGACAAAACCCAAAGGACGGUCGGGCGCAGCAGCAGCGGCAGCAGCAACGUCCCACCACGCACAGAAGGGGCAGGACGAUGCGCAUGCGGUCCUCCGGACAUCACGGUGCACCUCAGCGGGGUGGCGCAUUUCGACGUGAGCUUCACGACGAGCUCCGCGGGAAGGGUCGAGAUGCACAGGGUGAUCCGCCUGGUCGAGCAGGAUCGACGCAUGGAGGUCGUCGAGGCGAGCUGGUGCCUUGUCGAUGGUGGCAAGGUUUUCUACACGAUCAAGUGUAAGGCAGUGAGCUCUGAGGCUGUCUUGGAUGCAUCCAUGGCGGCGACAAGGCUCAGAAGGUUGUUGAUGGACUCACUUGAUGGUCAUGGCGUCUAAGUAUGUAAAUUGGUCAAGUAUUAAGCUCGGCUGUAAGAUCUGCAAAAGGCCAAAGGAUGGGGCUUAGUGGAAAAUUUUGACCCAAAAAACAAACUAAUUCACAAACUGAACUAGGUUUGAAAUUUUUUCACUCAGCUGAUCCUUUCGUGUGACGCAUUUGUUUUAGACACCACACUACACUCUGUGACGCUCGAUACUAUGUUGUGUGACGUCUAAGACGAAGGCGUCACACAGUGUAGUGUGACGUCCGACUGUCGGACGCCACACGAGAGGGUCAGCUGGGUGAAAUUUUUUCAAACGUAGUUCAGUUUGUGAAAUACUUUGGCUCCUGGGUCAAAUUUAUCAAUUUUGCUAAAGGAUGGCGGUAUCUCAAUCUUCUUAUUGUAAACUUAAAUUGUACCUUGGUCCGUUUGUAAUUUUCUUUCUUUCCGGGGUGAGUUGCACUUGCACCACAACUUAAUUUCAAUAUAAGUCUGCGGCCCUCUUCGCAAGAAAAUGUAUCUUGGUUUAUUGUAAUGUCAUACAGUAUGCAUAAGCAUUUUUUAUUUUUAAACUACA